AAAACAUAUAAAACAUUUUCUUAAGAAAUUAAGUCACUUGAGAAAGAUCAAAUUUUUUCCGGGAGCUUAGAUUAAUCAAAAUUAUUCGUUAAAUGUCAAACUUUGGGGAAAUAAUUCAAAUUCAUGUCGGCCAAGCUGGUGCUCAGAUAGCAAAUGCUUGUUGGGAACUUAAUUGUAUAGAACAUGGAAUUAAUGCAAACGGAUGUUUACAUCAGAUUCCAGAAGAUGAUUCAUUCAAAACGUUUUUUGCUCUAUCGCAAUCCAUGAAAGUAGUUCCUCGUUUGGUGAUAGUUGACUCGGAACCUACUGUAAUAGAUGAAAUACGAUCGGGCUGGUACCGAAAUUUAUUCCACCCAGAUUCUUUGAUUACCGGCAAAGAAGAUUGUGGCAGUAAUUUUGCUCGUGGAUAUUAUACAAUUGGUUGGGAGAUGAUAGAUCUAACAUUGGAUAGAAUUAGAAGAAUUGCUGAAGUUUGUGACAACUUGAGAGGAUUUCUUAUGUUUCGAUCUAUAGGUGGAGGAACAGGUUCUGGUUUGGGAAAUCUAAUAUUUGAAAAAUUUCAAAUGGAGUAUGCCAAAAAGCCAAAAUUGGAGUUCAUUGUUUUUCCUUCGCCAUCAAUGGCUCCACUUAUUGUCGAAGCUUAUAACACUGUUCUUUCAACUCAUAUGGGCAUGGAUGUUAGUGAUUGCAGCUUCAUUGUAGAUAAUGAAGCUUUGUAUGAUAUUUGUUCCCAUAAAUUGGACGUGAAAAGUCCAACUUAUACCAAUCUUAAUCGAAUAAUCGGACAAGUUGUUUCUUCAUUUACUGUUUCACAAAGGUUUUUUCAACGCUCGAGUUUUACAUUUGGUGAAUUUCAAACAAAUCUCGUUCCAUAUCCAAGGAUUCAUUUCCCUCUAAUAAGCUUUGCUCCAUUUACAAGAUUAACGAAUUCCUGCUUUCAAGAAAUUACAACACACACUUUAACAAUGGAGUGUUUUCAACCGUCAAAUCAUUUAGUUCGAUGUAAUCCAUCUGAAGGGAAAUGCAUGGCAUGUGUUCUUCUUUACAGGGGAGAUAUUUCAGAAGGAGAUAUUAACACCAGUAUAAAUAUGUUAAAAACAACAAAAAAUUCAGCACGUUUUGUUGAUUGGUCUCCAACAGGGUUUAAGACUUCAACCAACCAUGUAGCACCAAGUUUUGUUAAAGGAGGUGAUUUUGCUGUUACAAACCGAGCUUUAUUAGCUUUAACCAAUAAUACUGCUAUUAAAAAAGCUUGGUGCAGAUUGAUGAUCAAAUUUAACAAACUCUUUAGUAGAAGGGCUUUUGUUCAUCAUUUUGUAAGCGAAGGAAUGGAAGAGUCUAGUUUAUUAGAAGCAUCCAAUAAUGUUUGCUCUUUGAUAGGAGACUACGAGGAGAUUGAGAAGUAAGAAAAGAGAAAAUUGUUUUUUUUGGAGAAUUUAUGAACUUAGUUUUAGAAGUGUGAACACUGAAGCGAUAUAACUUUAAAGUAGUAAAAAAGGUAAAAUGUAAUAAUCUGUUAACAAGAAAUUUAUUGUUAAAAAAUAUAAAAACUUUAUUUUUCAAAUGAUAU